AUGGCAGAUUUGCCUGAGAAAGAGAGAAAGAGAGGAAACGAAACAGAAUAUGCUGAGAAGAGAAGAUAUACGACGAACUUUUACCUGGAAGAGAAGAUGAAGAACGGAAGAAGGAAAAUGAACGAAGAACGGAAGAACGAGAAAGAACCUUACCUGAAUGAAGGAGGAACCGGAAAAUCUCAAAAGCGAAACAGAGUUUUAAAGCUUUUACGAGCUUUGGUUUCCAUUACUGAAGCCGUCUCUGAUCGUCCUAAAGCAAUAAGAGUUGUUUCUAGUGAUUUGAAUGGUUUUCUCCAAUCAGAAUUAGACCAAAUUCCUAAUAGUUUGAAACAGGUUUCGAAAAUCACCAGGUCCAAUGAGUUUUCACAGUCCAUAGCAAUGUAA